AUGGGCAUUUUCGACCUCAACACCCAUAUCUCAAACCGCCUGCGACGCCCGCUGGAUGACCGUAAGCUCGCAGAAUCGCUGAAGCGGGCCGUAGCCAAGCUCGAAAGUACUCCUGGUGCGGAUUCUUUGGCAUUAGCCCGGGCAUCUGCCAGUUUACGCGCGCUUCGCCGGCGAAGAAGACGCGUUUUGUCUGCGUCUUCAUCAGGGACUCUUAAAUCUUCAUACGCAGAACCGCCGGUCCCAUCACCGGAACACCGUAAGAUUACGUGUCUGGCUGACCUAGACCCUCGAGACACCAAAAUUCUGCGCCAAUUCUCUGAAGCUCACGCAGGACACCGGGUGGUGUUGCGGCGACCAAACCUGCCAACAACAAAGAUCCGCAAAAGACGGUUGUCGUCAUCAACACAGUCACAGAACCAAUCGGUUACAGGUAUUGUUCCAAGACUUGAAUGCAUGCCUGCAGAAAUCCUCGAACUCGUGUUUGUAUACUCGCGGAACUUGGAACUGCCGCUGGUGUGUCGUGCCAUCCAUAACAAAUUGGCUUCAGGACAUCAUCACCAUCAUCAUCAUCAUCAUAGACAACCUACUCCGUUUUCGGGUAAAGGCCUGCAGUUGCGCAUGCUACGCUAUGUGUCUGUGCCAGUGCACGAGUACGUUUUGGAUGAUACCGAUAAAACGGUGUUUGAACAUUUCCUGACACCCCAUCAUCAUCAUCAUAAGAAAAGACCGUCGCCUAGAGCUCUUCGUGCGAUAGAUGAACAAGUUCUUUCACUAAGAUUUGUCACGGCACAACUACUGGCUCGGGCUGGCAUCCGGUUUGUUUUGCCGAGCUUGGACAGUGAUAAAAGCAUACGCGCAAUCAGCAUACCGCCGGAUCUGGAAAAUCUGGGCACGCGCGCAGUGGACUUGCCGCACCAAGUGCUCACACCAACACCAGGAGCAAAGCCUGCAGGCCUAUUGAGUGACCGGCGGCUGCGGCUGGCUUUGUAUCUUCUGCAAUUUGCCAACUAUACCAUGUCACUACGUGACACGGAGCCCGGGAGUGGCAGCAAGCGAGAGGCAGUGUCUGGUCCCCUGUUGGUGUCGUGUAUUCAUACACGGGACGUUGGGGCUUUACACAGACUGCAAAACUUGACGUACACGCAAACAACCACAAUAACAACGGGGGAAGAAGAGCAGGCCAUAACAACAACUACAACCACUACCCAACAACUGCUCAACGUCAAGCCGGAUGUGUUGCUGAUGGCACUGCAGACUCACGACACGGGAAUCAUAAGGACAGUAUUGGCCAUGGCGCCGAGUGACACGAAAAAUAGCGACCGAAUAUGGGCAUAUAUUCUGCAGACCAAAAGCACGGCCAUCAAGCAGCUGGUUUUUGAAGCUGGCGGACGGCCUUCUCUGCAGGCGCUUUCAAGAAUGUAG